CGUGGAUCUCGAUGCGAAAGCGAUAGCUAUUAGGAAGGCCAAGAGCGAGAGAUCCUCUGGGCGCACGCGUUAAACCGAAGCCUUCUUCGCUAAGUAUAAGAAAGCGAAUGAGAGCACUGAAUUCCUUACUCCUUUCCUCCUCUUCUUCCUCUUCCUCUUCUUCGAUUCCAUCGUUCUCUUUUCUCUUCGUCGUCUUCUUCCUCUUUCUGGUUCGACCAUCUCUCGCGGAUUGCUCUGAUUACGGUCGCCCUGAAGUGGCCAUGCUUGGAGGCAUUCACGAUUCCCCAGGUGCUCAGAACAGCGCCGACAUUGAUGGCCUUGCGCGUUUCGCUGUUGAGGAGCACAACAAGAAAGAGAACGCACUGCUGGAGUUUGCGAGGGUAGUGAAGGCACAGGAACAAGUUGUUGCUGGUACACUGCAUCAUCUCACUAUUGAGGCCGUUGACGCUGGCAAGAGAAAGCUAUAUGAAGCCAAGAUCUGGGUUAAACCCUGGUUGAACUUUAAAGAACUUCAAGAGUUCAAACAUGCUGGUGAUGUUCCGGCUUUUACCAGUUCAGACCUUGGUGUUAAAACAGAUGGCCAUGGACCAGGAUGGAAAACAGUGCCAGCGCAUGAUCCUCAAGUUCAGGAUGCUGCAAAUCAUGCUGUCAGGACCCUCCAGCAGAGGUCUAACUCAUUACUGCCUUAUGAGCUUCAUGAGGUUGUUGAUGCAAAAGCAGAGGUCAUUGAUGAUUCUGCCAAGUUCAACUUGCUGCUGAAGGUCAAGAGGGGAGGCAAGGAAGAGAAGUUCAAGGUUGAGGUACACCAGAACAAUCAGGGUGGGUACCAUCUGAAUCAAAUGGAGCAAGAUCACUCCUGAUCUGAAUCUGAGUCUCCACAGUAGUGAUGAGGAAUGUUACAAAAGUUUCUGCUCUUUGGUUAUUGUGUCUUAUACUUCAGAAGAAUCAAAACGUCCUUGGAUAUCACUCUCAUGAUCUGUGUAAUAAUAGUUAUUAUACCUAUCCAAGUCGCUUUUGGCGUCUCUGGCAAAAUAAUUCUAGUUUUUGUUAAGUGUGUUUUAGUUCUUUGUACUGUAUGUUUCAGCACCAUGCUUUUUCAUUUUACAUACAAAAUGUUCUUUUUGUGUGUGAAAAGUUAUUGGCUGAAUAUUUGUACAUGACAGUUGCCUUCGUUCCCCUGGAAGUAUUUGGUGUUUA